AUGCAUAAUGGUCAUAGUUCUGAUCAUCUGUAUGCUUGCAUUGGCGACUGCAGAUCAAGGUCACGUGUUGCUUUAAUGACUGGCAGAUAUCCAGCAAAAGCCAAUAUGCAGCAUCUUGUGGUUAUACCAAUGCAACCCUACUAUUUGCCUCUUAAUUAUUCAACACUGGCAGAUAAACUGAAAGAGCAAGGAUACAUGAAUCAUAUAGUUGGAAAAUGGCAUCUCGGGGACUGCAGUUGGUCAAUGACACCAAUGUGGCGUGGAUUUGAUUCGCAUUAUGGAUGCUACCAAGGAGCUACAUCUGAUUUUGAAUCGCACGUUCUUACUAUACCAUUUCAAGGCCCACCAUUAGCUACGGGUAUCGAUAUGAGAGAUAAUACAGGAGUGGUUACACACCAGAACGGAACACAUAACACGUUGUUAUUUUCAGAAAGAGCAGAGCGGAUUGUUAGAAAUCACAAUCCGGAAUUUCCAUUGUUCCUCUAUGUUCCGUUUAUGGCGCCACACUUUCCUCUACAGGCGCCAAAAGGGUUUGAAAACACCGUUGAAGUGGAUGAUGCAGAUCGGCGUACAUUUGCAGGAAUGAUGGCAGCCAUGGACCAAGGUGUGGGUAACAUCACACAGGCUUUGAAAGAUAAGGGUAUGUGGGACGACACAAUAUUCGUGUUCCUCAGUGAUAAUGGCGGUGAUGCCGGUUUUGCAGGGUCUAACUACCCAUUUAGGGGAAACAAAGCUACCAUGUGGGAAGGCGGUGUCAAAGUGCCUGGAUUCAUCCAUGGUAGUAUGUUGAAAAAUCCCGGAUCUGUAAACAAUGAGUUGUACCAUUUCACUGAUAUUUUCGCAACAUUACUAACCGUUGCUGGAGGUACACCAGAUGAUGAUAUUGAUGGAAUUAAUCAAUGGGACAGUUUCUGUGAAGGCAAACCUUCCGAACGUUCUGAAAUUCUGCUUCAUCUUGAUGAGGAUGCUGUGACAAAUGGCGCUGCACUAAGAAUGGGAGACUAUAAAUACAUGGAAGAGGAUCCAUUGGAAACCAAUAAUCUAUUCAAUGAUCCUGACAAACAAGAUAUUAUCAAUGAAAUGAAGCAGCGCCUCGAUGAGUAUAGAGCGAGCGCUCCUCCAUACUGGUUCCCAGAUGGCAUGGACCCGAGAGGAAACCCGGCUAAUUCCGGCGGUUAUUGGACACCUGGGUGGUGUUAA